AUGUAUCUCCCCGUGCUCGAAGGAUCUAUGGGAUGUGCCCUCAGCCAACAUGGCGAGACUGGUAGAAAAGAGCAUGCAAUAUACUACUUGAUCAAGAAGUUCACUAAUUACGAGAGCAGGUAUUCGAUGCUUGAAAAGACUUGUUGCGCACUAGCAUGGGCUGCCAAACGUUUAAGGCAAUACAUGCUCACUCAUACAACAUUGUUGAUCUCUAAGAUGGAUCUUGUCAAGUACAUCUUUGAGAAGCCGGCUCUAACCGGUAAAGUAGCCCGAUGGCAAAUGGCUUUAACCGAGUACGAUAUCAAACAUGUCACUCAAAAGGCCAUCAAAGGGAGUGUAUUGUCCUAUUAUCUUGCACAACAGCCAUUGGAGGACUACCAGUCUAUACGUUUUGAAUUCCACGACGAGGAUAUCAUGUUGAUUAGGGAUUGCAACAUCCCCGGUCCCGAGGAAGGACCCGAGCCUAGAUCUCGAUGGACCUUGGUUUUUGAUGAAGCUUCUAAUGCUCGUGGCAAUGGCGUGGGGGUAGUAAUCACUUCCCCGACUGAUUUCCACCUCCCCUUCACCGCCAGAUUAUGUUUCUAG